CUUGUGGAGUACAGGAUGACGUUUUGCUUUAAGCCGAUUCUUGUGAUGUCACAGGCGUCGCUUUGUAGAAAGUGUAUGGAUUAGGUCGCUUGAGGGCGUACUGGAUUUUGUGUGUUACUGAUUUUCCACGUCAUGGGAUAGUUGCCUCCCAGAGUUGCCUAAGUUUUCGUUUAAUUUUGUGAUACAAGCCCAAUGAUAUUGAACCUUGCCUGCUACAGUGUAUAACCAAAUUACAGUGCAUGGUGUCAUUACUAUGGGUCUUGGGCAACUAGUUAGUUCGCCAAAUCGUCCACCACAACAGUUCAAUAUCAACUUGUGUGACUGUCAUAUCCUCCAUCAUGAGCGUAACCGGCAUGGAUGGCAGCACAGAUCCAGAGGUUACCUUCAAGGACCACAAGUCGGACAGUAUUAGACCUGAAGACUCAGCUAGCCAAAGGGGGAGUAGCACCACCUCGGCGAGUUGGAGGAUACGGGCGAAGGCUAAGAGAGCUGCCUUAGCCGCAGAAGUAGCAGCUCUUAAAGACCAACAAGAACUUGAGAUAGAAGAAAUGAAGCUUAAACAACGGAAAGCUGAGCUUCUUCUGAAGACUAGAUUAAAGAUCGCUGAAGCAGAGGAAACUGUAUAUAGAGGUACUCUGUCCAUAGAACAGAAGACUGAGCCUUCCAAGUCUGAACCUUCCCAGCAAGGUUCAUCAACUCCUGCUAGAAUGAAGCCAGCAAGUGAAAACCAGAUACUGACCAGUCAAGAUGAAAAGAUAACUGGUAAGAUGGACUCUGACAUCUUACAUCAUCUACAGCAAGGACAGAGACAACAUCAACAGCUGUUGGAAGCCAUCACAAUUUCAAGUACCAACAUUAUGUCUUUUGAUGGUAACCCGUUGAAUUUCUUUGAGUUCAUACGAUCAUUUGAUAGUGUCAUUGGAAAUUCGUCAUUGGACAAUAACGCCAAGCUGCUCAAGUUGUAUCAUCUUUGUACUGGAGCUGCCAAAGACAUAAUCCAAUGUUGUCUCAUGAUGCAUCAAGAUGAUGGGUACUUUCAUGCCAGAACGCUUCUGAUGGAUCGCUUUGGAAGUGACCAUAAGAUCAGUGACGCCUGGAUUAGGAAGGUCACGGAAGGUCCAGUUAUUCAGAGCAAUCCUAAACAUCUGAGGGAUUUUGCUGAUCAGCUAAAGACCUGUGCUGAAACUUUGAUGGCCCUUGGAAUGCUUCACGAGAUGAGCAGCAGAAGUGAGCUGGUGAAGGUCAUUGAACGUUUGCCAUUCCAUCUGAAGAGCCGGUGGUUGCGUUUAGUAAAGACCAUCAGGGAUAGUGGCAGACAGCCUAACAUCCAGCAUGCAGUUGAAUUCAUCACCGGCGCAGCUGAUGAACUCAAUGAUCCUGUAUUUGGAGCCUUACUUAUGGGUGGACCAAAGAAUCUAGGAAGUACAAGGAGUGUAAAGGAAAGAACUGUGUCAGGUAGAGGUCAGGCAAGCAUGUUUACUACCUCUGUGAAUUCAUCGACCAAGAACUGCAUCAUGUGUCAGGACAGCCAUGACCUUUUCGGUUGCCAGAAAUUUAAAGCCAUGGAGCCUGAUGAACGCUUUGAUUUUGCCUUCAAGAACAGGCUUUGUUUCAAUUGCUUGUUACCUGGUCAUGUAUCCUCAAAGUGCAUCCUUAAUAGGACCUGCUCAGUCAAGGGGUGCGAUCAAAGGCAUACCAAGUUCCUCCAUACCGGGAGAAGGAUGAGACCAUCUUCAGGAAAUCCUACACCUUGGAGAACAAGAAGGGAAUCGAAUGACUCAUCAACUCAAACUGACUAUGAUGUAGCAUCUCAUGCUAGUUCCAAUGCCACGAGGGCCGGAGGUUGCAGAGUAGCCCUUCCAAUAAUUCCGGUUACUGUCAGUGCUGCAGAUGGUGGAGAAAGCAUUGAGACCUUAGCUUUGCUGGACCCUGGUUCUACGAACUCAUUCUGUCUGCAAGAAUUAAUAGAUGUGCUCCAGACAAAGGGGAAAAAGAAAGUCAUUCAGGUCUCAACACUGGAAAGCCCUAAAAGAGCAAUGGAAUGCGAAGCCGUCAAGUUGAGGGUUAAAGGUUCCACAGCAGACAAGAUGAUAGAGGCUGAAUUUCUAACUCGUCCCAGCCUGAACAUCAGUACUGCAAACAUGGCCAGGGAGGAAGAUAUUUCGAAAUAUCAACAUCUUUGUGGUAUUGAUCUUCCAGUCACGGGGAAGAAUCAAGUAACCAUACUGAUUGGACAAGAUGUGCCUGAAGCCCUGAUGCCACUUGAAAUCAAAGCAGGUAAACCUGGUGAAGUUUAUGCUGUCAAGACAAUACUUGGAUGGACGUUAAAUGGUCCACUUGGAAAUGGAAGUAGUUUACAGAGUUUUCAAGCCUCGUCUAGCUUCAUCUCUGAUGAUGGUAACAUGCUCCUGGAAGAACAAGUUCACAAAUUUUGGAAGCUAGAAGGGACAGAAUACCUUCAUGAUAAUGAAAGGAGCAUGUCCAUCAAUGAUCAGAAAGCCUUGAAGACCUGGCAGGAAGGAGUUUGCAGAGAUGGUGAUCACUAUCAACUUCCCAUUCCAUUUCGGAAGAGGCCUGAAGAUCUGCCGAAUAACAUCCAAGUUGCACUAACCAGACUAGAGUCACUGAAGAGAAGACUGGUAAAGGAUGAUUGUCUACAUGCUAAGUACAGUGAAGGAAUGAGGUCUUUGUUGGAUGAAGGGUAUGCUGAAGAGGUUAAGGACCAGGAUCUUGGGAAGGAUGAAGGAGUCUGGUACUUACCGCAUCACCCGGUAUUCAAUCUAAAUAAACCAGAAAAGACAAGAAUUGUCUUCGAUUGUGCUUCCAAGUACAAUGGAACUUCUUUGAACGAUGCGGUACUUCAAGGUCCAGACUUGACGAACAACCUUCUUGGUGUUUUGCUCAGAUUUCGCCAAGAACCUAUAGCCAUUAUGGGAGACAUAAGGGCAAUGUUUCACCAAGUUAGAGUCCCACCAGAGCAGAGAGACUUUCUUCGCUUCCUGUGGUGGCCAGAAGGAGAUCUUAUCCAACAUCCUAAGGCUUACAGGAUGUGUGUUCACCUAUUCGGUGGGACAUGGAGCCCAAGUGUUUGUAGUUUUGCUCUUAGACAUACAGCUGAAGAAUUCAAGACCGAAUAUUCUCCAGAAGCAGUGGAUGCUGUCGGUCGUAACUUCUAUGUAGAUGACUGUCUCGUCUCAUGCAAAACAGAAGAUGAUGCAAUCAAGCUUGUAGCUGAACUCAUGACGCUGCUCAAGAGGGGUGGAUUCGAAGUGACCAAGUGGAUAAGCAACAGCCCAGCUGUGAUCAAGUCUGUACCUUUGGAAGAUCGAGCUAAAAACAUUGUUGGACUUGAUUUGAAUCGGGAUGCCUUACCAGCAGAAAGGGCACUUGGAGUAACAUGGGAUGUAGAACUGGACUGCAUCACCUAUAAGAUCACCCCCAAGGGCAAACCAGUAACGAGGAGGGGAAUUCUGAGUGAGAUAGCAUCAAUAUAUGACCCCUAUGGAUAUGCCAGUCCAUUCGUCUUGGUUGCCAAGAGAAUCCUCCAGGAUCUAACUGCUCUGAAGCUUGGAUUUGAUGACCCAGUUCCAGAUGAACACCAUUCCAGAUGGCUAAAAUGGAAAGAAUGGCUUCCCUUAAUGAGCAACUUCAGAGUGAGCAGGUGUUUCAGACCCUUUGAUGAUGUGAACGAGUACCAACUGCAUCAUUUCUGUGAUGCAUCUGAGUCGGCGUAG